CUGCCGUUGAGAUUGGACUCUAUCGCUUCUUCAUUAUUAGUCUAAAAUGCUUUAGUGCCUUAUUAGCGCACACUGUCAUUCAUCUGUGCCGUUAGCCAAAGAUCAGUCACACAGGAUCCGUUAAGUUCAGAUCGAGAAAGUGAGCGGCUUAACUGAAGGCCCAAGAUGCCAGAGCAGAGCAACGACUACCGUGUGGUGGUGUUUGGAGCUGGAGGUGUGGGGAAGAGCUCGCUGGUGCUUCGUUUUGUGAAAGGCACUUUCCGGGACACCUAUAUCCCGACGGUGGAGGACACCUACCGGCAAGUGAUUAGCUGUGACAAGAGCGUCUGCACCCUGCAGAUCACAGACACAACAGGUAGCCACCAGUUUCCUGCCAUGCAGCGUUUGUCUAUCUCCAAGGGCCAUGCCUUCAUCCUGGUCUACUCCAUCACUAGUAAGCAGUCGCUGGAAGAAUUAAAACCCAUAUACCAACAGAUCCUCACUAUCAAGGGAAAUGUAGAGAACAUCCCCAUUAUGCUGGUGGGGAACAAGAGCGAUGAGACUCAACGGGAAGUGAAGACAGAUGAUGGAGAAGCCCAAUCCAAAAACUGGAAAUGUGCGUUCAUGGAGACCUCGGCUAAGACUAACCACAACGUCACUGAGCUCUUCCAGGAGCUUCUCAAUCUUGAGAAGAAGAGAAACAUGAGCUUGAACAUCGAUGGCAAGCGUUCUGGAAAACAAAGUAGGGCUGAUAAGCUAAAGGGUAAAUGCAGUGUCAUGUAGACUGCUUUUUAGAGGGAAAACGGGAACAUAGUGAGAUAAAGUGGAGAUGAAGUGAUAGAAUGACAAAGGAACUGAUAGAAGAAUGGAGAGCAAAUGAAUGGAGAUAGUUUUAUUUGAAAUUUCAUGCAUAUUCCUGGAACAAGCAUUUCUCUAACACCUCAGAUUUCAUCCUUUACCAUCCAUCUUGGCCUUAACAAGCACUGGCCCAUUCAUAUUGCCUUGUCUGUUUCUAUUACAAUGCAUCGCUGCCAGCCUUUUUGAAAGCCCUUUUGACUUCAUAAUACUAACAUUUUGCAUUAUUUUCUUUUAAUAAAUGGUUGCAGUGCCAUUUUAAAAGAAGUUAGGGUUAAUAUUGGCAAUGUACAGGCCAACACUGAAUCUCCAUGUGCAAAACUCCACAGAAGGAUCUGCAAAGUUCUUGCAUGAUUAUUAGUGAAAUAUUUAGUAUAAUUUGAUUAUGUUUACAGCUACCAACAAGGGUAUAGUACUCUCAGAUCAUUUAACAAUUUUUUUAACAAUGUUUAAAACCAUUCUACAUUACACAUAUUCUGCAAAAAUCAGCACAGAAAAUGUGAAAAAAGUCAUCAGAUUCCACCUGGGCCUGCCAAUGAGGUCCCAAACAUAGGACUCGGACAUGAUUUUGCAGAUGUAGCAACCAAAAAGAGCCUUUAUCUGUGAACGAAAGGCAUUUGAAUACACAUUUACUUUUGUACAUUUGUUAAGAAAAGGCAGAUUGUCAGUCAGGUUGAGAAAAUAGAAUUAAUAUGAGAUUUUAUAACAAUAUGGUCAAGUUAUAAAGAUAGACAAAUCACCCUUUAAUAAUUAUUUGUUUCAGGUUUUGUAUAAACCAACUUCAAUAGUUACCUUGAUGGUUACUUUUUCAUGUCCUCUUUACUAAUAUCUAAAAUAAUGUCAGACAAUAUUUAAGACAAUUAUUUGUUACACAUGAAGCUUUACAAAAUGAUUACCUUAGAGAUUAACAUGAUUUAAUGUACAGACAUCAAGGCAGUCUUUAAAUCUGAAAUAAUACAGACACUUCAUAUUCCAUGCAUGCAUGGCUCUGUGAACUAACAAACAUUUAAUCGUCAUCAUCCUUAUCUUUGGCAUUCAGCCCCUUCAAGUUGAGACACUUAUGGCCUCCUUUAUAUCAUCAUUUGGAGUGGACCUGAUUCUCUAUCUUAAUUUUCUCAUAUUUCUCAAGAUGAACUGCUCAUUUUUUAAAUAUGAUUGAGAUAUCAGCAAAUGUGUCUCUCACAAAGUCAAACAGGAAAUGAAUGCAAAUGCAUUUGAAAUGAAUGACCGUUAUCUAGAAUUAGUCAUUUUCAAGAUCAUCUCAAAGAAUCAGGCUUACCAGGAAUUGGAGACAUUUCAAAUUUGGCCAGAAGAAUACAGUUUAAACUACCUAAUGCAACAAAACCCUAAUGUUUAAAAAAAAACAAAACACAGAAUAGGGUGUUCAAGUGACAACUCAUUUUGUUUCUUUAAAAACAGGUCCACCACAGCGAUAUUAACAACAGAACAUAAUACUGCUGCACACAAACCAGAGAACAGAACUUACUAAACAUGUCUAAUGAGUUUAUAUUUGUAAAGCAGAUUCAUUUCUAUGCCCAGCCUUAUUUAUUUGAAAUUAGUUCUCAAUCAAUUUGAGAGAGAAGUCAGCAACAGUCACACCGUGUCCUUAUCUGAAGGCAAACGACACAUGAUAAAAGGUAUAUUUUCUAUGUUAAUCAGAGUUAUUGCCUUAAACAGCCGUGAUGAGUGAUGGGAGAUUCUGUCAAUUGCUUGGUUUACCCCAUGUAACCCUGUCUGCUAUGAAGUGGCAUCGGUCCAAAAGGUUUCUCAUAACAGUAUAUUGAAGCCAGCAUCUUACUAUCCAGUUAAAACUACAUGAUUUUUUGGCUGAGAAUGUUAGACCUACCAAAUGUUUUCACUGUGGUAUUGCUUUCUUUGGUCAGUCUGUCACAAAUGCUCACAGGUUCAGAAUGGAGAAAUGACAUUUCCACCUCCUCUAUCUCUCUGUUUGAUUGAGUACUCUGUUUCAAACAAAUGAGGCUGGGCAUAGAAAUGCAUUUGUUCUAAAAUUAUAAACUCAUCAGACAUAUUUUGUAAGUCUGUUCUCUGGUUUGUGUGCAGCUGUGUCAUGUUCUGUAGAUAACAUCGAUGUGGUGGACAUAUUUUUAGACAACCAAAAUGGGUUGUUGCUUGAGCGCCUUAUUUUGUGAGCAGGGGCUGCAUGAACUUGCCCUUGUGCCACCUCAUGAACAUGCAGAGGAGUGCAAUGUCGGUCAACUGUUUUACUAAAUAAUACAUUCGAUUUCUGUUUGUUUCUCACCAAAACUCAUCGUAUACAUUUUUAACAAUCAUGAGUCUCAUGGAAUAAUUUAUAAGACAUCUGAAUAAUACUUUUGCGUUCUUUUUAAGCUUGAAGAUAUAGUCACCAUAAACUGCCAUUGUAUGUCACCACUGAGCACAUACAUUUUUCACAAUUUCUCCCUUUGUGUUGAGAGAGAGAAAAAAAGAAAGUCAUAUGGGGUUAUAACAACACAGGGGUGAGUAAACUAACACUGAAUUUUCUUUUUUGGGUUAACUAAACCUUUAAGAAUUUUGGGAGACAUUAUAGCAACACUCCUUUCAUGAAAUAGUAACCUAUUAUUUCAUAGUGAUAGUAAAAUUUUGCCAAUAUGCACCUGCCUAAUUGAAAUAUUUAAUUAGGUAGGGUUAUAAUUACUGUAGGUAUGUAGAAUGUACUGUAUGUAGAAAUGUAUUAUACAUGUCCCCGUGUAUACGGUAAAAAAAUUUACCUUACAUAUGCACCAAUGAUAUACUGUGACAUGCAUUACAAUAGAACAUAAUAUUACAACUAAGGCCAUUGCCUUGAUUGAUGUAUAAGAUGUGAUUGAUAUUUUUAUAUUAGUUCCCUGAAUACUCAAUCAACACAUUCAUUCCUUAAAAAUGGUGCUAUAAUUCACCACUUCCCUACUGGUGAUAGGAAUUCUGGUCUACACAGUUUAUGCCAUCAUAUCAUGAUAAAAACUCUUCCCUCUUAUUUUACUCUGCAGAGUUUUGCUGAGAGAGAGAAAUGGGUAUUUACAGACUUGGAAUAGCAAUGUCCCCUCCACCUAUCCAUAUAAAGUUUACAGUAGGCUUGAGUACUGUAGAAAGUAUUUUCAUCCAUUACACCCGAUUCCAAUAUCUAUAAAGCCCACUCAGCUGCUGAUAUCAUCGUAGCCUCCGCAAGCUGCAUGAAAGAAAAAACUGCAGCGCAUCUUGCAUUUUAAAUGCACAAUAAGCCUACACUCUCUAAAGAGUGUCAACGACCUGUGGUACUUGUGGUUGGCUUGACAACAUUGACUGCAAUGCAAUGCCCUUGCUCAACAAUGCUCACCUAUUCUUUCUAAAAAGCAUUUUGUGAACCCACAUGUAUUUUAUCCUGCUUAUAAAAAUAAGUGUUGUAAAUACUUGUACAUUUUAUGUAAAGAAUAUGUAGAAAAAUUACAUGUGACUCUCACCUGGGUAAUAUGGGAAACAAAGAGAUCAUCUGAACAGACCUAGUCAAAAUACUUUUUAAACCUCUUCAAUCCCAGGGGACUGUAUCAAUUAAAAGUAUGUUCUUGGAUUAUCUUUAUGCAUUUUGCAGUUAGUAUCCUAAAUCUGGUUUACACAGUGAGCACUAUAAAUACCCAAGGGUAAUGGAAUGUACUGUGAAACAUUUUGUCAAAGUUUAUGGACUUGUAUGUAAAGGAUGACCUCCAUUUCAUAACUCAGACUGUGCAUGGUCCUAAUUGCUCUUAGCCAGCAUGAGGCAAGGAACAAAACUGUGAAGAGACUUUUCAAUCUAAAUCCUUUGCUUUAUUUUUGGGUUUUUUUGUGUACAACAUUUUAAAAAAGUGUGUUUUUUUUAAAUAGUUAUUUUAUGUACAAUAUGUCAUUUAGCAAUAGUCUUCCAAGACAUGGUAUGCUGUUCAUGCAUCCAAAAUGAAGGAAAAUACUAUAUAUAUAUAUAUAUAUAUAUAUAUACACUGCAAAUAUUCUCUAUA